AUGGAUGAUGGUUUAAAUAUUACAUAUUUAACAUUUGGUGGGCAUGUAGGAGUGGAGAAAUAUGGGUAUGUUUAUUUUGUUAUUUUAUUUAUAGUGUAUAUUCUAAUAAUCUGCUCUAAUUCAACUAUUGUGUUCCUUAUUUGGAAUCAUCAAGAUCUUCAUGAACCUAUGUACAUUUUCAUUGCAGCUCUGUUACUGAACUCAGUUCUUUUCAGCUCUUGUGUUUACCCAAAGCUUCUGAUUGAUUUCUUGUCUGAAAAACAGAUAGUUUCAUAUCCAGCUUGUCUGUUUCAGUUCCAUAUGUUUUACUCUUUUGGAGGUUCAGAAUUCUUACUACUGGCAGUCAUGGCUUAUGACCGAUACGUGUCUAUUUGUAAACCUCUCCAAUAUCCAACUAUCAUGAGAAAAUAUACCGUGCAGAUUUUCUUGCUUUUAGCAUGGAUUCUGCCUGUUUGUCAGCUAUCAAUACCAACUGCAUUUAGUGCCAAUGAAAAGCUCUGUAGAUUUGUUUUAAGUGGAAUUUUUUGCAAUAAUACACUUUACAAGCUGCAGUGUGUACUCUCAGGAGCACGCAUUAUCCGUGAUAUGAUCAUACUAGCCAAUGUUGUUGUAUUACCUGUACUUUUCAUUGUUUUUACAUAUGCCAGGAUUCUUGUAAUAAUCUAUAAAAGCAGCAAAGAAGUUAAGAAAAAGGCUGCACAGACCUGCCUACCUCACCUGAUGAUCAUGAUUAACUUGUUUUGCUUAUCCACAUAUGAUGUAAUCGUAGUUGGGCUGGAACCAGAUUUCCCUAAGAUUGUACAUUUGAUAAUGACUUUGCAAAUAGUUCUCUACCACCCCCUCUUUAAUCCAAUCAUAUAUGGACUGAAAAUGAAAGAAAUCACCAAACACCUCAGGAAGCUCUUCUAUAGACCAUGA